AUGGCCACCACAGCUGCCGUCACGUCACAUUUUUUUGGAGCUCAACUCCAAAACCCUAGCCCUAGCUUCGGAAAGUUCCAAGCUCUCUUUAGCUUCGGAAAGAAGUCACCACCACCACCACCAAAGAAGGCUCCCAAGAAGCCGGAGACCAACCGGCUCGUGUGGUUUCCCGGUGCACAACCGCCAGAAUGGCUCGACGGUUCGUACGUCGGUGACCGCGGGUUUGAUCCACUGGGGCUGGGGAAGCCAGUGGAGUACUUGCAGUUUGACUACGACGGGUUGGACCAGAACCUGGCCAAGAACUUGGCUGGUGAUGUGAUCGGGACCAGGAUCGAAGCUUCCGACCUCAACCCGACGCCGUUGCAGCCAUACACGGAGGUUUUCGGGCUGCAGAGGUUCAGAGAGUGUGAGCUGAUUCAUGGGAGGUGGGCAAUGCUGGGAUCUCUUGGGGCUCUAGCUGUUGAAGGCCUCACCGGCGUUGCAUGGCAAGACGCUGGAAAGGUUGAAUUGGUUGAAGGAUCAUCCUACCUCGGCCUUCCACUUCCCUUUUCCAUUACCACCUUGAUCUGGAUCGAGGUGUUGCUGCUAGGGUACAUCGAGUUCCAAAGGAAUGCAGAACUCGACCCCGAGAUGAGGUUAUACCCGGGUGGCAAGUUUUUUGAUCCAUUGGGUUUGGCUGCUGAUCCGGAAGAGAAGGAAAGACUUCAACUGGCUGAGAUCAAGCAUGCUCGUCUGGCUAUGGUGGUCUUCCUGAUUUUUGGUAUUCAAGCUGCUGUGACAGGAAAAGGACCCAUCAGUUUUCUAGCUACCUUCAACAAAUAACCAAUUCACAUAUCAAUCGUUUGAGUUCAUUCAUUUGUCUUCCUUAAA